GGAAACAAAUUAUGACAUUGAAUCAUCAACCACGUGAUGCAAUCGUCUGCGUAAACCUUAGGAAAGUGAAACUUGGAACGGAUUCAAAACAAAGCAUCGUAUCCUUGAGGUCGUUUGAAGAGUUAACUUCUCGUCUGUUCGGAUAAUUUUUUUUUUCAGACGAUAUUUUUUGCUCUUAUCAUUCUUGAGGUUUUGAAUGCCUUAAAUAGAAUAAACCGUAAAAAACAGGCGAAAUCUGUGUCGAUUAUUAAUGAUUAUUACUAACAUGCUUAAUUUUAUUUUGCUUCUGUGUGUGCGAAAUCACUUAAUUUGAAUUUUGCUUUUGAGUGCGAAAAGUUUUAUCGAAGUGAACAUUUUUAGAAUGAAACUCUACUUUUUAUUUCUAAUCGCACUAUUCGGAAUGUGUAAAGCCAAGCAGGGAUAUAGUAUUGCAGAUGCUGUGUUUAAUGAAAAGAUGAAUGCAGGGACAAAAAGUAUUUCUGCUUGCACUGUAAUAAAAAUGCAAAGAUGUCUUGCUGAUAUCAUGAAAUCUGCACCUCUACUCCUGUGGGUUGGAUCGCAAUCUGUCGACUUGGAAACAAAAAAGGAGUUCGACAAUUGUCUGUCAGGGCUAAUAUCAUGUAUGAAAAAAGUGUUUCCCACUAAAACAAACAGAUCGCAACAACAGAAAGAUUUCUGUGGUGAUGAUGAGGAUUGUUAUGAUGAUGGUGAUGAAGAAGAUGAAGAUACUUAUCCGAAAGGCAGUUUAAUGGCUUUUCUGCAAUGUUUUUUGAAACCUGAGAAUGCCAAAAUGUUAUUUCAAAGCAUAGGAGACAUUGUUUUGGAAUUAUUUGAUUAUUUAGGAAGUUUUAUGUUUGCUAAAACGGAACUAAAUUAUGCAACUCCUAAUAGUAUAAUGUGCGGAGCAAUGAGAAAAUAUUUAAAGACUAUAAUGUCUACUUCAAGAAAGGUGUGCGGCGGUGGGGGAGAAGCGUUCUGGCCAAUGGUACUUAGUGAGAUAAAGAGAACAACAAACUUUGCUCCUUUCUACAAGGCCUGCUUACUUGAUGCUGUGCUUGGAACUGAGUUGUGAUGCUAAAUAUAUCAUGUGUAAAUUGUGUAAAAGAAUGUGCCGAAAUUUGUAGUUCAAAAAAAAAAUAUAUAUAUAUAUAUAUUUGAUUAAUGUACUAUAUACUUUGUUAAGUUUUGUAUAAAACAAUUUUUGAUUUGC